CGUGACCGUAAAGUGGCCCGGCCCUGUCGUGAAAGGGCCGCAAACAGGCGGAGGGCGAGUUGACGGCUGCUUCUCCAUUUUGUUGGCCGCUGCGCUGUGUCCGUCCACGACGUUUCUUCCCACAGAGCUCUGAAGGGAAAGGCUUACAAUUAAAAGGAAGAAAAAAAUUAAAGAUAAUUCGGGAGUACUACGGACAAAGCGUGUGGGUCGCUUAGACUCCAGCAGUAACUCCAGAUCUGCAGUCCCCCGGGGGGGUCCGGUGAGGAGAACGUCACUACAGCGGUCUUAAAGAAGCGGCAGGAGGAGAUGCGGCCCCUGGACGUCGACGAGGUGGAAGCGCCGGAGGAGGUGGAGGUGCUGGAGCCCGAGGAGGAUUUCGAGCAGUUCCUGCUCCCGGUCAUCAACGAGAUGCGCGAGGACAUCGCGUCUCUGAUACGCGAGCACGGGCGGGCGUACCUGCGCACCAGGAGCAAGCUGUGGGAGAUGGACAACAUGCUCAUCCAGAUCAAAACGCAGGUGGAGGCCUCGGAGGAGAGCGCCCUCAACCAGGUGCAGCACCCCAGUGGCGAAGCCGACGAGAGAGUGUCGGAGUUGUGCGAGAAGGCCGAGGAGAAGGCCAAGGAGAUCGCGAAGAUGGCACAGAUGCUGGUCGAGCUCGUCUGGCGAAUAGAGAGAAGUGAGUCUUGAAGGAGGAGAUCGGUGGUAAGGUCCGAAACUAGCGGGAGAAUGGAUGGGACUCAGUAGUCGCCCUAAGCAUGGUGUGAAACCGCGCCCUGUCAAAAGUUAUAUCCUAGACCUGCACCCCCCGUUUUAUUGCAUC